GCAGCAUCACGCGCUUCCAGUAGGAAUGCACGCGAGAGACGGAAUAUAUAAAUGCAAUGAUGGCGACAGCAGCAGAGGAGAUCUCAGAAAACACUGAGACAUCAGUGUCUUUCAAAAGCGCAAGGAAAAACCAGGAUAGACCCUGGAAACUGAGCUUUAUUUAUCUGCAGUGCUAUUUUUUAACAAUUGCUACAAUACUGGGCACUGGGAUCCUGGGACUGCCUGUAACUAUCGCUCGGGCAGGUCUGGUGCCUUUCUUGAUAUCCUUCCUUGUAGGCUUUCUAGUGCAGGCUCUGCUCAUUUACCUGUUUGUAGAUUUGCUUCAGCGAUGCCGUUUAGCCCAACUUGAGGCACUGAAGACUGCAGAAACUGAGAGGAUCGUAAUGGAAGAAUUCAGCUGUGCAGAUCCUCCGACACAAAAUGCAGAAGAGGAAGAAGAUGCAGAGGAAGUGGAAGAGGCAGAUACGGGUCUUCUGCAAAGUGACGUCAAAGCACGGAGGCAAGAUGAGGACCUUCAGCCAAAUCUUCACGUGCUGGGAGUUUUCUUCCUGGGCAAACACACCAGCCAUGCAUUCAACUUUGUUCUGCUCUUUCAAUUUGUGUCUAUCGGGAUCAGUUAUGUCCUGGCAGGAAGUGAGGCCUACGCUGCACUUUUUCAUACCAGUCAUGUCUACGUGAUCCCUGCAUUUACAUGGACGCUCUCAUUGGGGAUUCUUCUGGCCCAGACCAUCAUUCAGCCCAUCACGUCACUGCUGACGCUACUCAAAGGAAUCCUGCUGAUUAUUACUGUGGCCGUGACAUUUGUUGUGGGUUCAGAGGUUCACCAAGAGACCACAAAUGACUUCACCCAAAUCGGGAAGCCUUUUCUAAUGGGAACAGUUGCUCUCGGUGGGAUUGUCAACGUCAUGCCUUUUUUAUUUUCAGAAAUCUCCCAUGUUAAAACACAGGUUUUAUGGUUCAGAAGAGCUGUACUUGGAGGACUUGCUACAUGCACAAUUUUAAAUAUAUUAUGGUGUUGGGCAGUUUUAGAGAUUGUUCCCCAGAUGGCCGUGGAGUCACUGCUGGAGGAGAAACUCUUAAAUAGCAGCGCAGGACAAACAGAGACGACUCGUACAGCACACACAUUUAUCUACUCCAACAUCUCCCUAGAGGAGUCUGAAAAGGCAGGGGAGAUAGCAACAAUACCUCUAACCAAGAUCAUAACACAGAAGUACAGCCGCUUCUCAUGGGUGGCAGAGCUGAUCCAGAUCUUCACCACCAUCAGUAUAACCGUGAGCUUCCUCGUGAUGGGCACAGCCAUGAAGCACACCAUCGAUGGCCUCGUCUCCUCACACUGGACGGAGAACGCUGAACGGAUGGCCAGGAUCAGCUCACAGUGGAGGACAUCAGGCCAGAGCUUCCAGCACUGCAGACGGUUCUUCAGCACUUUCAUGUCCUUUUUGGCUUUCGGCCUCAUUUUUGUCGUUUCAGCUUGUGAUCCGAAGCUGCAGUACAUCUCAUUAGAGGAAGGAUGUGCACAGAAUAAAUAUAACAUCGAGCAGCCACUAGUGAUUACAGAGGAAGUAGAAUGCAUUGAUUCCCCAGGUUCAGCCACUGCUGGAAGGUUUUGCAUUGAUAAAAAGCUUCAACAGGGAUUUGUUGUGAUGCUUGACAAAGUGGUCUCCUUCUCCUUGAACACGGAGGUGGGCUUGUUCAUCUUCCUCAUGCUGAGAGCCUCCAGAUCCCAGCGUUUCAAGCAUCUGACGGUGACUCUGCCGGCGAGCGAGAGACUCUUCAGGCUCCACUGGCUGCUGCCCAUCUACUUCCUGUUCGCCGUAGCUUACGACGUCUUCCAGAGCAUCCUGGAGAUCACUGAGAACAUGGCGCUGGUCCUCCACACCAACUCUUCUCUUGGAUGAGAACGACUGGAUAUCAGGUGGGAGUCGCUGGAAAGGGAGGCGAUGCGCUGCUCCAAACCAGGACUUGACAGAGGACAACAAGAAUGGGAGGUAACAUGAGGACAAGAUCUAAACUGCCUGGAUUCCUGGAGGAUCAUGGGGAUUGCAUAACGUUUUUACCUUCCUCCGGCUCUUUGAGAACUCUAUGCAUGUCAUUUAGAAAAACAACAAUGUGACUUGUUUUUUACAGAAAAAGGAAGCAUUAAAAAAAAAAAAAAAAAAAAAUUUUUUUAAAAGGGUUACCAAAAAAAAAAAACAGUCUCCUUUCUAGAAUUGAUUCUACUAAAAAAGAAUAAUUAUCAAUAUUGACUGUUUGUUUCUAAAUAAUUUUUAUGCUAAUUAACAUACCAACAUGUACCCACUCAGCAUUAAUUAGUCCUCUGUUAUUGCUUAAUUAAUCAACAGCCUGUUGUCUUUGAAUCUAUGUGAAAAUGAAACCAUCCUGUAACUGAACAAUCCUGGAGCUUAUUUCAUGUGCUGCAGCACAGACACAGACCUGCUGAGCUUGUUUAAUGAACUUAUUUGCCUCUGCUAACGAGUGACACUAAGUGUGGCUUGAUUGCCAGCAGCUAAAGAGCUAAACUAUGAGUAAAGCAGCUGAAGCUGACCCUACAGCCUACACAGUUUUUCUGUAGUAUGAAUCACUAAAUUAAACACCAUGUUGGAAGGUGAGGCAUUGAAGUGUAGGUCAAAGGACAAAUGUGUUAUGAGCUAAGUGAAAAGCAGAAUGCACUGCAGCACCUCAAGGCUUGAAUCUUAGAAAACCUUUCCAGAACAUAUUUUUCCAUAAAUACAAAAGAAAUUAGAAUUAUUUGAAUAAUUAUGUUAUUUCUAUCAUGACAUCUCUCAGGAGAUUUUAGCACGGUAAUGGAUAAGACUAUGUUAAUGUACAGUAUUUGGUCAUGGCGGAAUAGAUCUGCUAUGCUGCUGCUCUUAAAUUGCUGCUGUUGGUUAUUGCUACUGCAAAUCAAGUACAUGAAUUUGCUACUGCUAAUACAUACGCCUACACAGUGCUGUGAGUAUUUAAUACUAUUUAAGCUGGGGAAGGUGUUGCGAGUAUUUAAGACUAAACAAGCAGAUCUAUACAGGUGGAGCUGGGGAGGUAGAAGAUUUCAAAGGAACUCUGAAAGUACACUGCGAAAUGCUCUAGUGAAAGCUAACCAUUUGAAUGUAAAGCAGCAAGCUCAUUGGCUGCGUAUGCAGCAUAAACAAAUCAGCUUGUCCUAAUUAGUUUAAAGGGAUAGUUCACCCCAAAAUGAAAAUUGUGUCAUUAAUGACUCACCCUCAUGUCGUUCCAAACCGGUAAAACCCCUGUUAAUCUUUGGAACACAGUUUAAGAUAUUUUAGAUUAAGUCCGAGAGCUUUCUGUCCGGUAUACGGUGUGUACGGUAUACGGUCCAUGUCAGUUAGAAUUUGUUGAAGCAUCGAAAAUACAUUUUGGUUCAAAAAUAAACAAAAAAUAUGACUUUAGUCAGCAUUGUCUUCUCUUCUGGGUCUGUUGUGAGCGCGUUCAAGUGGUGUAGUGAUAUCAGGUUCGUGAACGAAUAAGUUCACAGAAUCGAACUGAAUCGUUUAAAACGGUCCGCGUCUCCAAUAAGCAUUAAUCCACAAAUGACUUCAGCUGUGAACUUUUUUAAUGUGGCUGACUCUCCCUCUGAGCUAAAACAAACGAAUAUCUGGGAGUAAUUCAUUUACUCAAACAGUACACUGACUGAACUGCUGUGAAGAGAGAACAGAAGAUGAACACCGAGCCAAGCCAGAUAACGAACAAAAGAUUGACUCGUUCUCGAUUCAAGAACCGUUUCUGUCGGACGCGUCCGAUUCGAGAAACGAGGAGCUGAUGAUGCUGCGCAUGCGUGAUUCAGUGUGAAGCAGACUGACACACAUUGCGUCUGAACCGAACUGAUUCUUUUGGUGAUUCUGUGCUAAUGUUAUGAGCACGGGUAAACCGAAGGCUUGAAUCAAGGGCAAUCAUUGACAAUGACGUCAUUACAUUGAGCGCAAAAGAACCAGUGAACCGUUUUCUUCAACCAGUUUAUUGAAUGGAACUGUCCGAAAGAACCGGUUUGCGGAAAAGAACCGAACUUCCCAUCACUACCGGUGAUCCGAAAACCGAUGCAACCGGUUCUUGACUCGAGAACGAGUCAAUCUUUAAUUCGUUAUCUGGCUCAGCUCGGAUUUUAUCUUCAGCUCUCUCUUCACAGCAGUUCAUAUUCCAGGAUAUUGGUUUAUUUUAACUCAAAGGGAGUGUCAGACACAUUAAAAAAAGUUCACUUUUGAUCAAUUUACUGUAUUCAUGGCAAAAAAAAAAAAUGUGUAUAGUAGGGAUGCACUGGUUGACCGGAACUGGAGCUACAAGUCUGAGUCACAGAUACCAGGAAGCGAACAGACGGACUAAACUGUGACAAUACUUUUUUUUUUUUGUAAAGAACUUGCAUACAUUUAAAAAUCACCUGCUGUAGCAUAAUGAAAAAAGGGGCCGAUUCAUUGGCUCAAGUAAAAAAAUAUAUAUAUAGAUAUGAAUUUAUCAUUACUUUUUUUUUAAUUGGAUGAAUGAAACACAUUGCAUCUUUGUUUUAUUCGCACCAACAUUAUUUGAUUUUAACAUUUUAGAAUAAUUUUUUAUACAGCAUACUCUUAUUUAGUUUCACUGGUAAAGAACUUUUUUAAAUGUAAAAGCAAACUUAAAAACUGAAACAAAUACUGCAUGCUGAUUAAGAAACAUCUUAUUGAAUUUAUGCAGUUGUUGCCUUAAAUGAAAACUUAACUGUAACCAUGUGAAAUUAAAGGCCAGUUCUAUGUAGUUUCAACCCAAUUCAAAAACAAAAGCUAAAUGCUAAUGUUUGUACCAUCUAUGUUUGUAUUGAAUGUAGGCUUCUUACUGUGCAGUUACUGCUAUUCAUUUCAGAUGUUUACAGUUAUGGUUCUCAAUAGCCAAAAGUCAGUUUGCCCUAUUAAAUACCAAAUAAACAUCUUUUUUAUGCAUACUUUCCUUCUUUCUUGUUUGUUGCUUACAAAAAAAAAAAAAGGAAAUCGGUAUUGGAAUCAGCCAGUUUGCUUGUAAACAAAAUUGGUAUCGGUCAUGAAAAAUCAUGAUCGGUGCAUCCCUAGUGUAUAGGUAAUAAGUUAUAGAAAUAAUUUUCCCUCUUUUGACACUGGGGUAACAUAUGAUCUGACAUAUUGUCAGAAUAGCAAUGAUGUAACCUCAAAUGUGUUUGGUUUAAUGUGACCAGGCAAAGAAAAGACCAUAUUCAAUGCUGGAGCUCAAUAAUUAAAAGCAGAUUGGUUUAACCACUCCCGGUCAGUUAGGAGAGUUAUUCAUCUCCAUGUGAACUGAGUGCACUGACAGCGUUUCCAGGAACUCACUAUAACGCAACUCAGACAGCAGAAAUUACUAAUAAGUAACAUAUUCAAGGUCUGUUGAGACCCGGUUAACAGGGAAGGCAUCUUAUCUACAGCCAUAAAGGAAUUAUAGAGGUAACUACCCUUCGACCCAGUUCUGCUGCUGUGUUUUUUACACAUGUAAACCCUUAGGAUGGGGUGUUUCUGGAACAUGUGGAACAAGCACUGCCUAAAGGUCUGCUGGAACAUGAUCUCGCUGGAGCUGUUCAGAAGGGUUACAUCAUAUCACCACCUGCCAAAAUCACUUACUAUAGCUAGAGCCAGAGCGCCAGUACACACAGACUCAUUCAUUGUUCUUAUCGGAGUGCAUUAGCAUUCGCGAAUACAUUAAACAUAAUAUUUACCAAUAAAGGCAACUUGGGAUAAAGUUGUCACCUCUGGCCAAUUAUAAAUAGCAGAUUGUUAAAUUUAUAAAUUACAGCCUAAGCACCAUCUAAGUUUGUGAUCUGAUGACAGUCGGGUGCAUACGAUAAUGGUUGCUUUCACAUUAACACUACUACAAUGCUGUAAUUAUCAGUGGGAAACUCUGCGUUUGGUGGUGUAUCAGUUAAUGAAUCAUGACUGAAGCUAAUUUGAAGCUAAUAAAUGUUUUUGUAGAGAACACUGACUUCAAAACACUACAUUUUUACAAAAUAAAUGACUAGCAGUAGGACUUUUUAAUUUGAAUGGCUAAGUCUGUAUCACUCCGUAUUGCUCUGAGACACACAAUGAUUUAUCCUGCUUUGGAUUGUUUUCAAAUUUUCCAAUGCAUGAUUACUACUAUACCCUAAAACAUUGUAAUGCCAUCAUGAUUUGGAGUAGGAAGUCUGAAGAUAGUAGCUUUAUGAUCACAUUACACACUAUAAAAAAUGUUGUGCUGUCACUGUCAAGGUGUAUAAUGACCCCUUGACCUUUAUGGAAGUUAAUUACCGUAAUUUUGAAUUUCUCUGAAUUGAAUUACACGUUGAAUCACAUGUUGAACCCAUCCCUUACACCCUAACCCACCCUUAAACAUACCAAUAAAAAAACUACAUAGAAAUAAGUAAAAAAUUUUGAAUAUUCGAAAUAUGAAGGCAGUCCUAUUUAGACAGAUUUAUUUAUUUUGUUCCCAAUUUAUAUUAGGUGGCCUUAACCUACUAUGUACUAACAUAAAAAAAAUGUACUUAUUGUGUUCUUAUUUUAUUGUAAAACACUUUUGCUGCUAUUGAGGUGGAAUACGGGUAAAGUUAGGGACAGGUUUGGUGGUUGUGAAAGAAUUUUGGUCUUUAUAUAUAUCUGGUAUAUAUAUUCAUUCAAACAGAAAACAGUUAUUUCAAACUGCAUUAAUAUUUCACAAUUCUAUUGGUUUUUAAUUGAUUUUUUUCCUUGUAUUUUUCACAAAAAAGUAUCUUACAGACACAAACCUUUUGAACAGUGGUGUAUACAGUGUUCUUAAGCCUUAAGUCUAUUUUGUCGGUCUCUACAUCUACCAGUAUUUACUACUUGUAAUGCCUAGAUUAUCAAUCACUUUAAUGAUUCCAGGAUUCUCACUGAACUCCCCUCCUCCCUGUCAUAUGAAAGAGUGACACUGGACAUUUCAUACAACAUUCAAAAAAUAAAUAAAUGAAUUAGUUAAAACAAUGGUGUAUAUAUCAGAGGGAACAGUUUGCCUUGAAUAUUCGUGCUACAGACUCUGAAUCUUGUCCUUUCAAAAAACAGAG